AGAAAGAGUGCGAGCGUGCGCAGGCGCGGUGGUGGUCUCUCCGCGCGCUUGGGCUCGGGGAUGGCGCUGCUGGAGCUUUGCCGCGGGGCCUUCGGCGCCGCCGACCUGUACCAGGUGCUGGGCGUGAGGCGCGAGGCUUCGGCCGACGAGAUCCGCCGCGGCUACCACAAGGUCUCGCUGAGGGUGCACCCGGACCGCGCCGACCCGGACAGCAAGGAGGCGGCCACCCGGCAUUUCCAGAUCCUGGGCAAGGUGUAUGCAGUACUGAGUGACCAGGAACUGCGGGCUCUGUAUGACCAGCAGGGGAUUGUGGAUGAGGAGUCAACUGUGCUGACACAGGACCGCAACUGGGAAGAAUACUGGAGGCUGCUGUUCAAAAAAAUAACUGUAAAAGAUAUUGAAGACUUUGAGAAGAAGUACAAAGAUUCUGCAGAAGAGCUGGUGGACAUUAAAGAAGCAUAUGAGGAUUUUAAAGGCGAUAUGGACAAAAUUAUGGAAUCUGUACUGUGUGUUGAUUAUACAGAUGAACCGAGAAUAAGAGAGAUUAUCCAACAUGCCAUUGAUUCUGGAGAACUUCCAUCUUACAAAGCCUUUACAAAAGAGUCUAAGCAAAAGAUGAAUUCAAGAAAAAGGAAGGCUCGACAAGAAGCUAAAGAGGCAGAAAAAUCCAGAGAAGAACUGGGCCUUGGUGAAGGGGAAGAUGAACUAAAAGCACUAAUUCAAAGCAAAAAUGAGAAUCGAAAAAAGGAAAUGGAUGAUUUUCUGGCUCAGAUGGAAGCAAAGUAUGGAACCAAAUCCAAAAAAGGAGGAAAGAAAACAGCACCCAAGAAAGGAAUGAAAUGACUUUAUUAAUUUUCUGGUUUCAUUUCAUUUCUUCUGUUAACAUUAAUCUUGCUUUGAGACAGCCAAGGAAAGCAAGAUGCUUUCCUCAAUUAAUUGAAACUAACAUUGGGUAGAAGACAUUCUGAAGAGGCAAGCUGCAGAACUAAAGCUGCUAUUAAAUGCUUCAAGAUGCCACAGAGGAGUGAAGGUGGCGUUUCGGACUGCAGAAGUACAGCAAGAUUGCUGUGAACAAGAAACUGGUAAAAUGAAAAAACGUCAAUCUUUAAAAAAACACCUUCCCAUCUGAAUUAGUGUAAAACGGUAUUGUAUGUUGCAGGAAUAUGUUUGGGCAAGUACUGUCAGUUUGAUUUUAUAAAGGCAUUUAUUAAACUUAAUUAAAUAUGUUUUUGAAAAGUG